CUUUCAUUUUGAAUGCUCAGAUUCAAUAACUACUUCAAAAUGGCCGAAAACGUAGCAAAGAAGCUCAAGACCUCGUCCCCCUUGAUCGGGACACACAACGGCCACUUCCAUGCCGACGAGGCCCUGGCCGUCUACCUCCUCCGUCUGCUCCCCACAUACGCCUCCUCCCCUCUCGUCCGCUCGCGCGACCCCGCCGAGUUGGAGAAAUGUCACACUGUCGUCGACGUGGGCGGCGUGUACGACCCCGCCAUCCACCGUUAUGACCACCACCAGCGCACCUUCGCAACGACUUUCCCGCAGCACGCCACCAAGCUCUCCUCUGCCGGCCUGGUGUACAUGCACUUCGGUAAGGCGAUCCUCGCCCAGAAGCUGUCUCUGCCCGUGGAGCAUGCCGACGUAGACCUGCUGUACGAGAAGCUGUACACGGACUUCAUCGAAGCGAUUGACGCCAACGACAACGGUAUCUCCGCCUAUGACCAGGCCGCGCUUGCCGCCGCCGGAGUCGAGAAGCGCUUCAAGAACGGCGGCAUCACGCUUGCCUCAAUGGUCGGCGACAUGAACAACCCAGACCCCACCAGCCCUCCCGGCGAGCCCCAGGACGAGGACAGCCUGUUCGGACGCGCCAGCACGCUCAUCGGCAACGCUUUCGCACGCAAGAUGCACCACGCUUGCACAUCCUGGAUGCCUGCCCGCACGACCGUCGGCUCCGCUUACGCUUCGCGUAAGGACACCCACCCCUCCGGUCGCAUUAUCGUCCUCCCCCAGGGCGGCGUGCCCUGGAAGGAGCACCUUUACAACUUCGAGGCCGAGGCUUCGGGAUCCAAGGAGAUUGACCCCGCUGCCCAGGCGUACUACGUUCUGUACCCCGAGAACGCUACCGAGGAAGCCAAGUGGCGCGUGCAGUGCGUCUCUGUCUCCGAGAGCAGCUUUGAGUCUCGCAAGCCUCUGCCUGAGGCGUGGCGCGGUGUCCGUGACCAGGACCUUGAUGGUGUUAUGGCUGCGGAGGCUGAGAAGAAUGGUCAGAGCAAGAUUCCCGAGGGUGCGGUCUUUGUUCACGCUAGUGGAUUCAUCGGUGGCCACAAGACGAAAGAGGGUGCUAUGGCUAUGGCUGAGCGCAGCCUUGAGCUAUAG